AUGGGAGGCUUGGGAUUCCGAGACAUUCAGGCUUUCAACCAGGCUCUCCUUGGGAAGAUAGCGUGGAGACUCAUCAAAAAGCCAGAAUGCUUACUUUCUCGCAUUAUGACCGGGAAGUAUUGCAACUCUGCUUCUUUCCUCACAGUCAAAGCUGCCUCCUCCUUGUCUCAUGGCUGGAAAGGCGUUCUCAAAGGUAGAGACUUGCUGAUUCAACACCUAGGAAAAGCCAUUGGUGAUGGAGAGUCUACAAGCGUCUGGAAAGAUGCAUGGAUCGACCCGGGCUCAAACUUAAAACCAACUGGCCCUGUCCUACUACAAGAUCAAGAUCUCCUAGUAUCAGACCUCCUCUCGAGAGAGACUAAAGAAUGGAACAGAGCAAAGGUGGAGAAUCUGUUACCGGAACUCGCUUCACAUAUCCUCGCAUUGAAGCCUAGUAAGCUUGGAGCUCAGGAUGCUCAUAUAUGGAAUCUCAACAAGACUGGUGAGUACACAGCUAAAUCAGGCUACAUCUCCCUGCAAUCACCAAAAAUCCAAUCGACUUUAGCACUCUUGGAUACAGACGUUGUGGGUUGGGACUGGAACAAACACAUCUGGUCACCUCAUCUACUCCCCAAAUUAAAAAUGUUUCUCUGGAAAGUGGGGCAAAAUGCUCUACCUACGAUCGAGAACUUACAAAAGCAGGGAAGCUUCGACUCGUCCCAAGUUGUCUCCUUCAAAUCAGCCCUCAUCUCUUCAACCACUUGGAAGCCGCUUCCUCCUUACGGAUUCACGAGCAACGCCCUUCCCUGGAUCUUCUGGUUCCUUUGGAUUUCAAGAAAUCAACUGCUCUUCGAGAAGAAACCUUCUACACCAGCAAGCGUCAUCCUCAAAUCCCUCGUUGCAAUCAAGGAAUGGGAUCAGACUCAACUACAGAUCAAAAAGCCUCUCACAAACCCUCCACAAGCUACCCACUCUGAUCUGAGACAUAACCUCCACCCUCAAGCGAUUCGAUGUAACACUAACGCCGCCUGGGUAUCGGGCAAAGCGGGUAUGGCAUGGAUCUUCACAGACAGGGAAGGGUUGGAGCUGAAGCGGGGAUCGAUCUACCAUGAUCAUGUCUCUUCGGCAGUAAUGGCAGAAGCGAUUAGAAACGCCCUCCUCCAAGCUGUCGAUCUCAACAUCAAUCAUAUCUGGCUACGGUCAGACUCUCAAGUGCUCAUCGGAGCUCUCUCAUCGGGACGACAUCCGACCGAGCUCUACGGAGUGCUCUCAGACAUCUCUACGACUGAGCUAUAUUCUUUCACUUCAUGUAGUUUCUCUUUCAUCAAAAAAGAGUGUAACGGGCUUGCGGACUUACAUGCCAAGGCCUGCUUGCAUUCUGGCCCAAACCAUUGUAGCACUUAA